AUAGUGAACACUUUGAUAGCCCUCCUAGCGACGAUCAUGUUUAUGAUAUCAACGGUGAUGGCGUGUUCUUCCUGCCCUCAUGAUUGCUUGAUUGCUUACUACCCGUUUGAGGGAGACGUUACUGACAGCUCCGGUAACAACCGCGACGGAACUACGACCGGCGAUGUUUCUUACGCGGCUGGCCAAUGCGGUCAGGCCGCGUCCUUUAACGGUGCGUCUAAAAUGAGCGUCCAGUCGUUUGCCAACUUCGCCUGGGGCACGGAGUUCAGUGUCAGUGUAUGGUUCAAGCGAACCGGUGAGUGGGGGAACUACCAGGGUAUCAUCAAUAAUGGGUAUUACACUACAGGGAGCUGGGAGAUCAGAAUGGGUAGGGAGAACAGCGGUCAGAUGUUAGGCGGUGGUGUCGUUACAACCACUGCGUCUACUACCUGGGACUACAUACAUCUUGUCGCUUUGCGGAACGCCUGGAACCACGUGACCAUGACCUAUGACGGGUCUACCUUGCUCUACUACCUCAAUGGUCAGCAGCAGACAGCCAACAACCAGAACUGUUGCACUGGCCCUAUUUUAACACGCAAUACACCGGUCACUAUUGGUCAAGCAGGUCCAGGGAAUAGUAACGAGUAUUUUUAUGGCUUGAUUGACGAGGUCAAGAUCUAUGGCCGAGUGCUCACCGCGAUCGAGGUUCAAAAUAUGGCCAACCAUCCAUGUCUUUAAAAAUCUGUAACUCGAUUCUUCUCAAGUAUAUUGGUCAAGGGAUUGUAGAAGAUAUUUGUUUGUUUUGUUAGAGAGCUUUGUACCAGGCCUUAAACCAUUGUGGCUUCUUUAUUAUUGGCAUUAAUCAUGUUAAUGAUUUGGUAUUUCAUGAAAUUUAUAAUUCAAGUAUGACAAAUGUUAUGCCUUCAUUGUUAAUUUUUCAUAACCUAAUGCUUUUGAUUUGGUUUAAGACUGUUUAAUACGGUUUUACUGCCUUAUAAUCUC